AUGGCCUCACUCCAAGUCCCCGCAAAAGCCUCAGAGGAUGUUAGGAAAGAUUCUAGGGAGACCUGGAAGGGUUCAGGAGCGACUAGGAAGGAGUCUAAAGAUAGCAGGGAAAUUAUUGAGGAGACGAAGAAAGACACAGAAGAGGUCCGGAACAGCCCUGACCAGGCCAUGAAUGGUCCUGCUGAUGUCAAGAAGAGGAGGAGGAAGAAGAGGAGCACUAAGAGGAAGGGGCCUCUUGAGCCCAGAAUAUUGGAUUUUGUCGAGGACACUUGGCGGAAGGGGUCUCUUACACCCAAGAAGUUGGAUUCCGCCGAUUAUGAUUGGGCUUUGAUGGAUAACAGGAGAGUUUCGGUAGACAGCAAGAGGAGUUCAGCCGACAGCAAGAGGAGUUCGGUCGAUAGCAAGAGGAGUUCGGUCGAUAGCAAGAGGAGUUCGGUCGAUAGCAAGAGGGGUUCUGUCGAUAGCAAGAGGGAUUCGGUCGAUAGCAAGAGGAGUUCAGUCGAUAGCAGAAGGGGUUCGGUCGAUAGCAGGAGGGGUUCGGUCGAUAGCAAGAGGGCUUCGGUUGAUAGCAAGAAGGGUUCAAGCUCUGGCGCCAAUAUGAUGGAUUUCAGUGAUGACAGGAAGAGUUCAGUCGAGGACAAGGAAAUGUUUCCCUCCAAUCUUGCCAGAGUGCGGCACAGCAGGGUGCCAUGGGCCACCCUGAUGAGAGCAUUGGGUCGUUUCAAGCUGUCCCUUCCAGAUAUCCGUCGAUAUUAUAAUCUGUCCUCCCGCGAUCCCCUGGCCUUAGAGAAGGAUCGUCAGCCACGUGACAGGCACCACAAGGCAACAGUGAAGAAGUUCUGGGGCAACCAGCAGCCUCUCUCUAAGAUCCCGUAUAAAAUAAUAAUCGGGCAUGACCACAUCGUGAGCUCCUGCCACUUUUGUAUGAAUGACACAAGGUUCGUCAGCAGCUCCUACGACUGCACAGUGAAGCUGUGGGAUGCUGAAGACGGAACUGUGGUUUGGGACUUUGAGCCACGACCCAAGGCUCCUGUUUUAGAGUGCAGUAUCACCGCUGACAACAGAAGGAUGGUGGCGUCAUCCUAUGAUAAGACGGUGAGGGCUUGGGACGUUGAGACAGGUCAGCUUCUGUGGAAAGUCAGGCACGAUACCUUCGUCGUGUGCUGUAAAUUCUCUCCCAACGGGAAGUUCGUGCUGGCGGCCUUGGAUGUGGAUCGAGGGAUCUUCCUAAUGGAUCCUGAAAACAUCACCACCGUGAUCCACAUGAAAGAUCAUCACCAAAGGUCCAUCACUUCAUGCUGCUUUGACCCUUACAGCCAGAAGGUGGCUUCUGUCUCCAUGGACAGGUGUAUCAAGAUCUGGGACAUCAAAGCCAGAACCACACUGUUUACCAUACCCAAGGCGCAUUCCAAUGCCAUCUCAGACUGCUGCUUCACCGCCAGUGGCCACUUCUUGUGCACCAGCUCCUGGGAUAAAAACAUAAAAAUCUGGAAUGUCCACACGGGGGAGUUUCGAAACGGCGGAGCCUGUGUGACUCUGAUGAAGGGCCAUGAGGGCUGUGUGAGUUCCUGCUGCAUUGCCAAAGACAGCUCUUUUCUCAUUUCUGGUGGAUUUGACAAGACUGUGGCUAUUUGGGAUGUAGGAGGUGGCUACCGGAAGUUGGCAUUGAAGGGCCAUGAGGACUGGGUGACGGAUGUUGCUAUUAGCAACAACAAGAAAUGGAUCCUCUCGGCUUCAAAGGACAGCUCCAUGAGACUAUGGAAUAUCGAAGAAAUUGACAAAAUUCCUUUGGUUACUGAGAAGAAAAAGGCCAUGGGUUUAAAGGUCAGGCAGUGCAGGAAUUGUGACCAGCUUUUCUCCACAUUAGAAAGUGACCUUCAUUCUCAACUAUCCAGCAUGUGUCUGUUCUGCCGGAGAGAGGAGAAGAGCUUACUGUCUAGUUCCUCAUCGUCACUGGAGAGGAAGGACAGCUGA